GUCACACUCGGUGAAUUUUUUUGCAAAACUUUUGUUUCUUUUUCCCUCAAAAGAAAUUCGUGGCAAGCUGAGUGUUCCCGGCCCUUCCACGCUGAGAUUAAGGACUCCAGGCAGCAGGCAGCCAGCAGCGGAUUGCAGGUUUCAAGGGGGACGACGCCACCGUGUGCCAGCUCAGUGUCCAGGUUCUUGCACGCCCACGCAGGCCAAGGAAGAGGAAGACAUAGCAGCAGCAGCAGCAGCAGGAGGAGGAGGAGUAGAAGGAGAAGCAGAGGAGCAGCAGGUCAAGUGGGGAAAGUGGGAGAGUUGUAAAGAUGCAGCAGAACGCGGCCAGCAACCCCUUCGCCAUGUCCUCCUACGUGGAGCGGCCGCAGAUGGGCCUGGAUGUGGAGUUUGGCGCAGAUCCAGCCAGCGGUGCAGCCUUCUUCCAGAGCGACGGACGCAAGCACGAUGACCUCAAGCAGAUGCUGGACAGCAACAAGGAUGGCCUCAAGCUGGAGGCCAUGAAGCGCAUCAUUGGGAUGAUUGCCCGCGGACGCGAUGCCAGCGAUCUGUUUCCCGCCGUGGUCAAGAACGUGGUGUCCAAGAAUAUCGAGGUGAAGAAGCUGGUGUAUGUGUACCUGGUGCGCUAUGCCGAGGAGCAGCAGGAUUUGGCCCUGCUCUCCAUCUCCACGUUCCAGCGUGCGCUCAAGGAUCCCAAUCAAUUGAUCCGGGCCUCGGCACUGCGUGUCCUCUCCUCCAUCCGGGUAAGCAUGAUUGUGCCCAUCGUGAUGCUGGCCAUACGGGACAGUGCCGCCGAUCUGAGUCCCUAUGUGCGCAAGACGGCGGCACAUGCCAUCCCGAAGCUGUACUCCCUGGACGCGGAGCAGAAGGAUGAGCUGGUGAUGGUGAUUGAGAAGCUGCUGUCGGAUCGCACCACUCUGGUGGUGGGCUCGGCCGUGAUGGCCUUCGAUGAGGUCUGCCCGGAGCGGGUGGAUUUGAUACACAAGAACUACCGGAAGCUGUGCAACCUCCUGGUGGAUGUGGACGAGUGGGGCCAGGUGAUAAUCAUCAAUAUGCUCACCCGCUAUGCGCGCACCCAAUUUGUGGAUCCCAAUGCGGAUGAUGACCUGGCGGAUGGCGUUCUCAGCGAUGGCCCCACCAAUCAGCGUUUUUACGACGAAUCCUCCACGGCCUCCAACAGCGAUGAGGCCACCAGCGAGGAGGAUGAGGAGGCUAAGAACAAGUCGAGAACAAACCAUGGUGGAGGUGGAGCCAACAACGGAGGCAGUGGAACUCCCAGUUCCCCGGCCAGCAGCUACCACAUCGAUGUGGAUCAUCGCCUGUUGUUGCGGCAAACGAAGCCUCUGCUGCAAUCCCGCAACGCCUCCGUGGUGAUGGCCGUGGCCCAGCUGUACCAUCAUGUGGCGCCCAAAAACGAGGUGCAGCUGAUAGCCAAGGCCCUCAUCCGGCUGCUGCGCUCGCACAAGGAGGUGCAGAGCGUGGUGCUCAACUGCAUUGCCUCGAUGUCCACCAAACGGAAGGGGAUCUUUGAGCCGCAUCUCAAGUCCUUUUUUGUGCGGACCAGCGAUCCGACGCACCUGAAGCUCCUCAAGCUGGACAUCCUCACCAAUCUGGCCUCGGCGGCUAGCAUAUCUCUGAUUCUGCGCGAGUUCCAGACGUACAUUUCCAGCAGCGAUCGUUCCUUUGUGGCGGCCACCAUUCAGGCUAUAGGACGCUGUGCCUCCAGCAUAAAGGAGGUCACGGAGACCUGUCUCAGCGGGCUGGUGCACCUGCUCUCCAAUCAUGAUGAGCACGUGGUGGCCGAGAGCGUGGUGGUGAUCAAGCGCCUCCUGCAGACCAAGGCCGCCGAGCACUUUGAGAUUAUCACCCAAAUGGCCAAGUUGAUUGAUUAUAUCAAUGUACCCGCCGCCCGGGCGGCCAUCAUUUGGCUUAUAGGUGAAUACAACGAGAAGGUGCCACUCAUAGCACCCGAUGUGCUCCGUAAGAUGGCCAAAUCCUUUGUGGACGAACAGGAUGCAGUGAAGCUGCAGGUCCUGAAUCUGGGCGUCAAGUUAUACCUGACCAAUCCCCAGCAGACGUCGCUGCUCUGCCAGUAUGUGUUCACGCUGGCCCGCUACGACCCGAACUAUGAUGUCCGCGAUCGUGCCCGCUUCCUGCGCCAGAUCAUCUUCCCGGCCAGCGGUAGCAACUCGGUGCUGAGCCAGCAUGCCCGCCAGGUGUUUCUGGCCAGCAAGCCGGCUCCCAAGCCGGAGAGCAAGUACCGGGAUGGUAAUAACUUCCAGUUGGGUUCGCUUUCCCACUACCUGAACAUGCCGGCUUCGGGUUACAAGGAACUGCCAGCCUUUCCGGUUAUUCCACCGGACUCUAGCGUGCGGAAUAUUCCUGGUUUCAUGCAGGAAAAGCUGCCUGGCGAGGAAUCACCCACCUCGAAGGCGGCCACGGGCAUGGGAGGUAGUGGAAAGGUCAAGGAUUCCAAUCGCGAAAAGGGCUUCCUCUCCGAGUCCGAGGACAAGUCAUCGGCGUACUCCGAAUCUGGCAGCAGCAGCAGCAGCGGCACCAGCGACAGUGAGUCGGAUAGCGAGGACAGCGGCAGCAGCAAUGCAGAGGAGGAGGGGGAGAAGGAGCAGGAGGAGAAACAAGCAAAGGCACCUGCUAAAGUGGAGGAUCAGCUCAUUGAUGCCACAGUGAAGGAGACGGAGAAGGAGAAGGAGACGGAAGCCACUGCCUUGCCCAACAAUAAUAGCAACAGCAAGGCGUCGCCGGCAGCAGGUUCUUCCGGCUCCUCCGACUCGGGUGAUUCCUCAUCCUACAGCGGCAGUAGCAGCAGCGAUAGCGAAGACUCUGCCGCAGAGGAAGCUCAAACCAAGGAGCAAAAGAAGAAGAACCAGGAAAACCCACAAAAGGAGGGUUCUGCCUCCAAGAGCAAUCUGGAUUUGCUCCUGGAUCUAGAUGACAUUCCGCCCAUAGGACCUGUGAUGACGCCCUCGCUAGGAGGAUUCCUGACGCCCGGUAAGCAUCCAAAACACCUCAUCAAACCCUUCCUUUUGAAGCUCAUUAGGCUCUCCUCCCCCACAGGCACCCCACUUGUAGCUGGCCAGGCUGCUCCUCUCCAGCCCCAGCAUGCUCGCAAUCGCUUGGAACUGGUGGGACCCUCGCACAUCGAAUUCAAGCACAAGGAGCUGCUCAACAAGGUGAGCGGCCAUGGCCUCCAUUUGGGCUAUCGCUUCACCCGCUCGCCGCAUCUCUACUCCUCCAGCAUGUGCUCCAUUGAGCUGCAAUUCCAGAAUCGUGGCGAUAAGGAGAUCACGGGCAUACACUUGGGACAGACCACCCUCCCAGCGGGCAUGCAUCUCAAUGAGUUUCCUCCAGUCACCGUUUUGCAGGCUCAGCAAACGGCCAGCGGUGUUUUGGGACUGGACUUUAAUGAUUCCACGCAUUCCGUUGACCUGGAGCUCGUCUCCAGUGCGGGUAGCUCGAGGUUGCAACUUAAACCGCCUGUAGGAGAGCUAGUGCGCUCUGUCCAGAUUGGCGAGAGCUGUCAUCGCGAGGAGCGGGCCAAGUUGAGGGGCAUGAACGAGCACCAGUGCGAGUUGCGCGGCUUGAGGCGCGACCUUAUCGAUGUGUCCGCCCUGCGCCAGAAGGUCUUCGAGUGCAUCAAUGUGGCGCAUACCCACAGCUCCGCCAAUGGCCAGUUGCAUUGCUUUGCCGGGCAGACUUUAAGCUCCAAGAGUUUAGUCCUGCUCACCCUCCACUGGCAGACGGAGGAGGCCCUCACGCUGCUGGUCAACUGCGAGAAGAUGGUCAUUGGUUCCAUGGUGCUGAACGAGCUGAGGAAUGCCCUGCAGCUGAGCUUUGCCAUGUGAGCGAUGCGCUAAAAGGAGCGAGAGGGCACUACGUAAACCUUCAUAUUUUUAGCCACACUUUAUACUGUAAGGGGUGGAGCGGGAGCAAAGGUAAUCUCUGGCAGAUCAGGGGAAUCCCUGGGAUACCCUGCGUACAUUUUUAACUCAACAAACAAGGUGCAAUCUUUCAAAGCAAAUAGGAAAAUACCUUCUUUUUUUUUGGCAAUAUUUGAAUUCAAUUCAUUUGCAAAACAAAAUAAGAAAAUUCCUGAAACAAGUUAAAAACUAAAAACAGGAUUUAAUA